AUGAACGGCCAGACCCCGACUAGGUCGUUUACCCAGCCGGUCAACGUGGCCCCGGCCUACUCACUUCUUCGCGAUGUAAACGGGCAUCCGAGCAAAGCGGACGUUUCCGUCGGUCGAUACACAGCCGUGUCAAAAAGCGUGACAAAGACCAACGGGACAACCAAAGGAGUCUAUCCACCAGCUACGGGUCGAGGAGCAUUGGGGACUGCGAUUGCCAGCACGACAAUUGAGGCAAACCGACGAUCCCAAUCGCAGCAAAAUUUGGGUCGAACAGGAACUGUGUGCAACUCAAUGCAGCCGCAGACGGAUAUUGAGUGUACUGGGGAGCAAGAACAUUUGUUCGCGAUGUACGAUUCCACCGGUCUGGAAGACACAUGUGUAAACUCCUAG